AUGCAUGAUUCAUUAGGUAUCCCUGCCUGCUUCUCCUUCGGUGAGAGGCAAACUGAUGAGCCAGGGGCUGCUGUAACCAGGUCAGGCCAGAGUGUUUUUGUUUCUGUGUAUCGAACAAAGUUAGCUAGUCACUGCCGUUUGAUCACCGUUACAUGGUGCAAGAAUUUCUUGAUGCAUGGCUUGUCUAUUUCUUUUCAAGCUACGACUGAAAACGAGCAUCAUCUGUGCAAGGUUGAACUCAAGCCAUGGUACUUCUGGAGAAAACAAGGUUCGAAACAAUUUAUAGUAGAUGGUAGGGCUGUCGACGUGGUCUGGGACCUUAAGGCCGCAAAGUUCAAUGGGGAGACAGAGCCACAAUCAGACUACUACGUUGCUAUUGUCUGCGAAGAAGAGGUGGUUCUGCUUGUUGGAGAUUUAAAGAAAGAUGCCUAUCGAAAGACAGGUUGCAGGCCUACUCUUAUUGAGCCGAUACUGGUGUCAAAAACGGAACAUGUAUUUGGCAAGAAGAGAUUCACGACUAGAGUUCAGUUUAUGGAGAAGGGAAAGUUCCAUGGGAUUUCAAUUGAAUGCAACAAUGGUAGUGGCAGUGACAGCACAAUAAUUGGUGCCCCAUUUGAUACUCAACUUGAGAUAAAGGUAGAUGGGCAACUAGCUAUUCUAGUAAAGCAUCUUCAGUGGCAGUUUAGGGGAAAUGAGUCCAUCCAUGUGAAUAAAAGCACUAGAGUAGAGGUUUAUUGGGAUGUGCAUGACUGGCUCUUUGGUUCAGGCCCAAGGCAAGGUCUAUUUAUAUUUAAGCCAGUUUCAUCCCCUCCAUCAUUGUUGUUGACUCAAGAAGAAGAGAAUUGUGGCUCAGUAGAGAAUGAUAAUACAGGUGGGUCAUCCAGCUUUUGCUUGUUUCUGCAUGCUUGGAAAGUAGAUUAA